AGGGUAUUGGGGUAUCUACUACCCUUUUUGUAAAUGCUUGGCAUGCCCGUAACAAGAAGGUACGGCAAGAAGCCAUUGCCCAAAAACAACAUCUUGAAUCGCUCUUUGAGCUCGUCGCCAAUGUCCGACAAGUACAAGAAGCUGCACGAGCCGCCGACCAUGAGGUUCUGGAGCGAAGUCAUCAUCAAACCUUGUAA